AUGGCAGGUACUUGUAUUACAUCAAUCAAAUUUAUUGGUUUGAGUUCAAUUGGAUUAUUAUCCACUUCAUUAGCAUACCAAUCAAUCAAACAAAUUCCUCAAAUUAUCAAUGAGUUAAAUUAUAAAUUAUCUUCAGGUUAUAAUAACUUGAGUUUUUUAAAAAUUGCUAAAAUCAUUAAUUUUGGUUUAGUUAAUUUAGCUGUAGGAUGUUUCUAUAUGACAUUCAAAUAUUCUCCAAAAAAUGAAAAGCACCCUUACUUAAUUUAUUCAAUCUUAGGUAGUUUAAUUGGUUUUGGAUAUACUUAUUAUAAUACUUGGAAUAAAGAAAGUAAAUUAUUUAAUUUUGAAAUCCCUGAUUUCAAACCUGAAUCCAAAGAAAAAGUUGUUCCAAGAGCUCAAGAAACUUCUGUACCUGCUGAAGAUGAUUUAAGUAAAUCAUAUAUUCAUGUAUCAGAAGAAAGUUCAAAUAAUUCUACUCCAAAUAAUUCUGUCCCAACUUCACCCAAGAUCGAACAAUCUAUUAAACCAGAACAAUCAAUUGAUGAAGAGAUUAACUUAGCUUUAUUCAAGAAACAAACCGUUCAUGAAUUAGAUGUUGUCAGAUCAUUCUAUUUGACUGGUUCAUACAUCCUUGGUGCAACAUUUACCAUCUCAUCAAUUGGUAUUAUUGGUGACUUAUUUAGAUGA